AUGCCAUUUGAUACACCAUAUUCUGCCCAAGAGCCAGAAUUCUUGCCUGCCGGUUAUGAUGGAAUUAUCGACCAUUUCCAACAUGAUACCGAAGCUUAUGCAUCCGGCAAUUAUACUCGUGCCACCUACCGUCCUCCAAGGUCCCGCUCACCGACACCUGCCGCUGAAGACGAGGACUACAGGCUGGCGGACAACAACGUUCUACAAUAUACGGGUUACUCUCAAACUACUUCUGAUCCGGAGAAAGCAGUUUCUCAACAAACUCAUGGUGACUACGUCAGUGUUCAACACGGGGAUGAUUACACCCUCGAGGGGUCUUAUGAAGAUUGCGAGAAGACUUCUGCGAUAUCUGUAGGUUUCACGGAGCCAGAAACACCUGUCGAAACUCGACAUUUUGGUCCUGCACCCAUAGGACGUGUACGUCGCCGACUGAAAAAGAAAAGGGUGCAGUUGACCAAUGGUAAUCUUGUGGUGGAUCUGAGCGUCCCUCCCAAACUAGUUCUUCCUUAUCGCGGAGAGCCAGAAAUGGUCAAAACGCGGUAUACAGCAGUUACCUGUGACCCGGAUGACUUCGAGAAGGAGAAGUUUUUUCUGAGGCAGAAUGAAUAUGGAAGGACCACGGAGUUAUUUAUUGUUAUCACUAUGUAUAAUGAAGACGAGGUUCUGUUUUGCAGAACCAUGUAUGGCGUGAUGAGAAAUAUAUCUCACCUCUGCUCCCGCAAAAACUCCCAGACCUGGGGUCCUGAUGCAUGGAAGAAGAUCGUAGUUUGCAUCGUUGCAGAUGGACGGAAGAAAAUACACCCUCGCGUCCUGGAUUGCCUUACUCUGCUAGGAGUGUAUCAGCCGGGAGAUCAUAUGAAAAAUCUUGUCAACAAUAAAGCCGUUACUGCUCAUUUAUUCGAAUACACAACUUCCUUCGCCCUAGACCCGAAUUUACACUUUAAAUAUCCUGAUAAGGGUAUUGUGCCCACCCAAAUAAUAUUCUGUAUGAAGGAAAAGAACCAGAAGAAAAUAAAUAGCCAUAGAUGGUUCUUCAAUGCGUUUGCGGCCACCUUACAGCCUAAUGUAUGCGUUUUGCUUGAUGUCGGUACACGUCCAGGAAACAAUAGCAUAUACCGCCUCUGGAAAACUUUCGAUGUGAACUCCAACGUUGGAGGGGCAUGUGGGGAGAUUGCCGUGUAUAAAGGCAAAAAUUGGAAGUACUUGCUGAAUCCAUUAGUUGCUGCCCAAAAUUUUGAAUACAAAAUUAGUAACAUUUUGGAUAAACCUACGGAAAACAUGUUUGGAUAUAUUAGUGUUCUGCCUGGGGCAUUCUCAGCUUAUAGAUAUAUUGCCCUUUUGAACAACAAGGAUGGAGAGGGACCACUGGCUUCCUAUUUUAAAGGCGAGGUCUUGCAUGGGCGAGAUACAGAUAUAUUUACUUCAAAUAUGUAUUUGGCCGAGGAUCGUAUCUUGUGUUUUGAGCUGAUUGCGAAGGCCAAUUCGAACUGGGUGCUCAAAUAUGUUAAAGGAGCCAUUGGCGAGACUGAUGUUCCGGAUGCUCUUCCCGAGUUCAUCAGUCAGCGCAGGCGAUGGUUAAACGGCUCCUUCUUCGCUGCUGUAUAUGCCAUUGCCCAUGUGGGGCAAAUUAUGCGAUCCGGCCACAGUUUCAGCCGUAAGGUAACUUUGGCUGUGGAGACGGUGUACAAUAUCAUUAAUAUGAUAUUCUCAUGGUUUAGCAUUGGAAACUUUUACCUAUUUUUUGUGGUGCUGAGCUCGUCAUUGGAGAACCCGUCUUUUGGUAUAGAGGGAAUUAAGUACUUUAAUUCCAUUGUGCAGUAUUUUAUGGCCUCGAUAAUCAUCGCUUGUUUUCUCCUCUCAAUGGGGAACAAACCUCAGGCGUCACAUCGCAAAUAUAAACUCGCUUCAAUAUUCAUGGCAAUCUUGAUGAUAUAUCUGGUGGUUGCUUCUAUUUUGUGUGGCAUAGCUGCAGCUUCUCAAAGUGGAGGGGCAGUGAUGUUACUCAGUGUUGCGGUAACUUACGGAGUAUAUGCGUUUUCUAGCCUCCUUGCUUUUGACCCGUGGCAUUUGUUUACCAGCUUUAUACAAUAUUUACUCCUAUCUCCAACGUAUAUCAACAUCUUAAAUAUCUAUGCCUACUCAAAUCUUGACGAUAUAUCUUGGGGAACCAAGCAGGACACCGUAGUCGACACAGAUCUCGGCGCAGUCAUGCAAGAUAGCCAUUCUCAGGUCGAUGUCGAAAUGCUGGCCGAAGCUGCCGACGCCAAUGAUAUAUACGAAGAAGCUAUAGAAAACUUAAAGCAUAGAAAGCCCACAGCAAAUAAGUCUGCCGUCGUUAGUAACGUCGAAAAGGAACAAGCUGCUAAAGAUUAUUAUGCCAAUGUCCGCACGAAUGUCCUCCUGACAUGGGUUCUUUCAAACGGCCUGCUCCUAGUCGCAAUCCUGGGAGGGUCAGAUUCCUCGGGCACAUUUGAUCCCAAUGCAGGGGUGAAUCGGAGUAAGGCAUAUCUAAUAUUCGUGCUCGCGUUUUCGGCCAUCACAAAUUUCAUUCGCUUCUUCGGCUCAACGCUAUAUCUCCUGACGAGAGUAUUUACCGCAUGAAAGGAUUAUGCAAGUCUUCAGUUAUUCUUUACGUACGAUUUAUGACGCUUAUAUCUAAUGCAUAUCAUGUAACGACCACGGCAUAAUGACCUCUGAUAUUUGCUUCUUUAUUAUGCAAACAAAUAAUCAUAGAACGACUUGGAAGUAGGCCUCGACGUUCUCGGGUUUAUAUGACUGUGAACGCGGCGUGGUGGCCUUCUUAUCGGUGAACGAGAGGGCGAAGAAGCUGAACGCCCUUGUCGAUGAUCCCAAGUUCGAAGCUGGGAUUGACGAAUAUAAGCUAUAUGUCGAGGCGUGCGAUCGACGUCAUCUUGCAGGGACAGCGACUCUACGCUCGCUGCGAAAUCGUCAGCGGAUAAAUCGCCUUCGUUGUCCGUCCCCCCUAUGACCGACCAGCUCGCUGGUGAACUAGAGCGUGGAGACGGUGCAUCAGACCCUUCUGAAAUUGAUGUAAGUGCGUCUGGUGCGACAAAAUCGCCGUCCGAUUCAUCUACGUCCGAUUUAUGGUCCCGAUCAGAGACGAAAUCGGACUCGGUGUCAACUUGGGAACUGUAACCAGCGUCGGUAACAGGAGGUGUAUCCAAUGCCGAUGCAGCAUGAUAAUCUGGCCGAGUGGCAUUAGGGCGGAGAAGGUAAGUAAGGCGCUGGCCCGAAACAUCUUUACCUGCAUACAUCGGAUCAUGUUUGAGCGCCAUUGGUGAGAGUGAAAAGGGAAGGAAAGAUGCAUACUGAAACUAACGACAUUAUGGUACCGUGCACAGCAAU